ACGGUCGCUUGCACAGACGGCACACACUGAUCCGUGAGAGGCAGCGGGAGCGUCAUGGAGAACCUGAAGCUGCUCGUCCACAGGGUGCAGGCGGACCAGCGGACAGUGGCUCUGCUGGCGGGGGCCGUCUGCGGGGCGGGAGCUGCGGUGCUGCUGGUCCGGAGAGUGAUCCGCUCCAGAGAGGCCAAGGUUAAGAUCCAGAGAGCCAGGGAGCGGAGGACCGAGAGCCUGCAGCGGGCAGAGGAGGCGGUGCGGCGGUACAGGGAGUCGCAUCCAGCAACCAACUCAGCUCUCAUCUUGACGCUGACGCUCUCAGAGUUGACCAAGCAAUUGCAGGAAGGCUUGCUGAGCCCCGAGGAAGUGUUCUACACUUACAUGGAAAAGACUCUGGAUGUAAACAAAAAGCUCAACUGCUGCACAGGGAUUCUGCUGGAGAGUUUCGAUCAGCUGAAGACUCUCGACUCCAACAAGAAGGGUCUCUUGUAUGGAGUUCCAGUUAGCAUCAAAGAAAACAUUGCUUAUAAGAAUCAUGACUGUUCUUGUGGUGUGGUCAUUUAUCUGGACCAGCCCCUCCAGGAGGACGGCGUGCUUGUUGAAGUUCUGAAGAGACAAGGAGCUAUUCCCUUUGUGAAAACCAACUUACCCCAAGCCCUACUUAACUUUGACUGCAGUAACCCUAUUUAUGGGCAGACCGUAAACCCUCAUAACCUCCAGAAGACCUCUGGAGGUUCGUCUGGUGGGGAGGGGGCUCUGAUCGGGGGAGGCGGCUCUGUGCUCGGUUUGGGCAGUGACAUAGGGGGCAGCAUCCGCAUUCCUGCCGCUUUCUGUGGAAUCUGUGGCCUCAAGCCAACAGCACGUCGGUUAAGUUCACAAGGUGUGAGGCCCAUUUACAGAGGGCAAAAGUCAGUGACGUCCUCUGCUGGACCUAUGGCGAGGGAUGUGGAGAGUCUGGCUCUGUGUAUGCAGGCUCUGCUGAGUGACCACAUGUUUUCCCUGGACCCUACUGUUCCACCCAUACCCUUUAAUGUGGAGAUGUACCAGAGCACCAAACCUCUGAGGAUCGGUUACUUUGAAAGCGACGGCUUCGUGCAGUCGUCCCCAAGCACGGCCCGAGCCAUCAGAGAAGUCAAGGCACUGUUGGAGCAAGCUGGCCACACUCUGGUGCCUUACAGUCCCCUGAAGAUCAGACAAGCUGCAGAAGAGCUGUUGGUUAAGGGUAUCCUCGCAGAUGGAGCUACCACCAUGCUACAAAAACUGGAGGGAAGCCCUCUGGACCCCUGUCUCAAAGCACAGGUUUAUCCCUACUCUCUACCUACGUGGGUGAAGAGAACCCUCUCAUUCCUCCUGAAGCCCGUGGCAUCUCGUGCUUCUGGCAUCUUCAGUGGUAUCAGUGGAGUCAGUUCUGUUCCAGAGCUGUGGAAGCAACACGCUGCUGUCGAGGACUACAUUCAUGAAACAAUAGCAGAUUGGAGAAGAUGCAACAUAGACGUGCUGCUGUGCCCGAUGUUUGGACCGGCCUUCAACUUCUUAUACUGCGGCAAAGUUACCACUGCUCUCACGAACACGAUGCUUUACAAUGUCCUGACCUUUCCGGCCGGUGUAGUUACCGUUACCACAGUAACUGCAGAGGAUGAGGAGGAGCUCAAGCACUAUAAGGGCUUUUAUCAGGACCGCUGGGACAAGCUCUUCAAAGAGGCUGUGACUGGAGGCGAGGGUCUGCCUGUGGCGGUGCAGUGCGUCGCCCUGCCGUGGCAGGACGAGCUCUGCCUGCGUCUCAUGAGGGAGGUGGAGCAUCUGGUCAAACAGAGCAGGAAGUAAAGCCUGGAGGCCACAGGUGGAACUGCAAAGCUCAGAGACUUCAGGUUUGUGAAAACACAAACAAGAAGGCAGCGACGAAAAUCACUUUUUGAUGAAGAUGAUCUUUGAAGAAGUGAAUAGCAAUGGCACAAUAUGAGAUUGGAAAAGAAGUCGACGCACGUAACAUUAUUUCUGGAGAAAGAUUGUUUGGGUUUUUGAAAAUAUGGGUUAACUGAAGAUAAUAGUUAAGUUCACCUGUGGAGUUUUUGUUUUGUGUUUAAAUCAUUCUUUGACAAAUCUUUAAUGUUUUAAAUUUAAUUGUACUGUGCUUCUAAUUGUUUUUAUUGGUACAACAAUCUUACUGACAUGGUCUUUAUUAUUAUUAUUAUUAGAUAACUUUUUUGUGAAAUCAAGUAUCUGAUUUGGUUAAAUACGCUUAACGUUUUAUCUGAGGCACUGUUUAAUAUUUCAUACAACAUAGUAUGAACAUAUAUAAUUCACUUCUGGGCAAAGAGGCACCGUGACCACAUUUUUUGCUAUUUGAAUUUAUAAUGAACACUGAAUUGCUUUUUAUUGUUGAUCAUGUCUGAAUUUAAAACUUUACUGUGAUCUGAUUUCUGAGAAUAAAACAACUGAUUUCUCACAGAGGAAGCACCACUGAAA